UCGGACGUGUCAUUAGAAGAACUGAACUGAGGUUAGUGACAUACAAGACUCUUUUCGGUCUUUGCCACACAAGGAUAAAUAUGCCGUUAUAAAGUUUGAUCACAGUCGUUUGAGUCGUUUUCGGUACUUUGUUGGAUCUGGACUGCACAUGUGAGUUUUCCUCCAGCAAUGGAACCCUGGCCUAUCAUGGCCUGGGGCCUAAUGCUGACUGCCAUCAAUGGCUGGAUAAAAACUGCUCAAUCAAGAGACUUUACUGAAAAAGACAUUAUUCUCCUUCAUCCCUCAACGACUCAAUAUCCAGGAGGAUUUAAAUGCUUUACUUGUGAAGAUGCAACUGACAACUAUGAGUGCAAUCGCUGGGCUCCAGAUCUGUACUGUCCAAAAGAGAGCAGAUAUUGCUACACACAUCAUAAGAUGAGCUGGAAUGGGACCACAGUGACAGUGAAAAAGCAUUGUGUGGCACUAGAAGACUGUCUUUCAACAGGGUGUACAGAGAUAGACCAUGAAGGAAACAAGGUGUGCACAGCCUGUUGUGAAGGAAACAUCUGUAACAUGCCCCUCCCACGAAACGAGACUGACGCCAUCUUUGCCACCACAUCCCCCAUUAAUGAGAGCAUACGACUGGCACAGAGUCAUAUGCUGCUGCUUUCUGUCUGUACCAUCAGCCUGAUGCUCCACAGUAUUAACUGAGAGAGUCACCCAUAGUAAACCUUUAUGGCAUUAGCUUUGUAAAUCAUUUAAGGAAAGCUGACUUGUUGAGGAUAGCUGUGGGAUUCACUUUUCUUAAAAUUUAAAUAAAAGUGUUAAUUGUUUGACUUAAGAAAAAAAAUUUGUGAUUCCCAAACGAAUACCCAUCCAUUUUCUGUAUCCGCUUAUCCUAUGUAGGGUCGCAGGGAUGGCUAGAGCUUAUUCCAUCUACCUUGUGUCGAAGACAGAGAAACACCCUGGACAGGUGGUCAGUCCAUCGCAGGGCUUACAUAAACAGAAAAGCAUAUUUACACUCUCAAUCACACCUUUGGGCAAUUUACAGUUUUAAGUUUACUUAACCUGCAUGUUUUUGGAAUGUGGGGGAAACCGGCACACCCAGAGAAUGCAAAAAUGCAAACUAGACACAGGAAGCAGAAAGGCAUCAGUGAAAGGCAUUCUUGCUGUGAGGCAUCAGUGCUAGCCUACAGUAAUUUAUACCAUAAAAAUAUAUAUAGUCCAUGACAGGGACUUAAAACAAAAUGUUUUUCAUUUUGGUUUGUUCUGAUAAGUAACUGUAUUUUUUCAUUCCAGUUUUCAAGCAACAAAAAGUUUUGUAAUUCCAAAAAUGUAUUGUUUUAACUCUUUGAUAUUUUGUUUCAUACGGUUAUUAACUGUAUACCAGCAUUUAAAAAAAAAUUACAAAUUCAAAAACAAUUGAACUUCAUUACUGUUUUCAGUUAUGUUCCUGCAAAAAUCUUCUUUUUCUUUUUUGUUUUCGUUCCUUGAACCGUUUUUUGAUCCAGUGUUGGAGUGGGUGGGAGGUGGGGUAUUUAUAGCAAACCCGAAACAAAACUGCACAAUUUUGUCUUUAAUCAAUGUGAGUUGUGUUUUUUACAUUUGUAUAUAUAUAUUUAUUUUUUUAUUCAUUUUUUGUAGGAGGCUGAGCAUAAAUGUAGAAGUCUAACUAAUUUUCCAUCCAAACCAGAUAACUCCUCUCAUAAUUGUUGUCGUAGAGUAUUUUGGUCAACAUGGGAAAAGGGCUUGCCACCUAGGAAACAAGCUCAGCCUUUCAUCUAGAAAUUGUAUGGAAAACAAGAGCUUCCUCACUCCUAUAACAAGAACAUUUUGUUUUAGUUUUUGCACUCUUAUGUGUUCUUUAUGGCAACACGUAUUCUUAAAGCACUUUUGUACAUAUUUUUGUCAUGUGGUUGCAUAGUGACUUUUUUUAAGUAUUUCUAUUGACUUAGUAAUUCUUCAUUAGUAUUGAGACUCCACAAUAUAGUCUACAGUGAAGGGCUUUAUUAUUAUGUAUGUUCCUUCAACACAUUUGCAAGUCUGUUGUUCUGCACUGUAACAUUUCCUUAUAAUGAUUCUUGGCUGACAGUGUAGUCAGCAAAAAAGUGUUGAAUUUGCAGCUACAGUGUUAUUUUAUUAAGACUUUAUGAUUUAUUUAGGCUAUCUGCCCAGUUGUGAAUGAGGCUAUUUCCUGUCUUUGUCUUCUGUUGAGAAAUGAAAACUAUUGUGGCAUUCACUGAAAUCAGUUUAUUACACUUUAGUAAAAAUAAAGGGCAUGGUGAUCACAGAAGGGCUAAAGAAUCUACUUUGUAUUUACUCAGGUAAUAAUGGACCAACCAGUGCCAGUUAACUAAUAAACAGAACACCUUUAACCUGAGUUAACCCAGCCAAACUAUAUGAAGUUUAACUGAGGUUAAUUGCAUAAAACUUGUCUCAGAAUGUGCUGAUUUAAAUUUCAGCUCUCCUCUGCUCAGAUUUUUAAGAUUAUGUAUAUAAAAUAUUUCAUCAGUUUUACUCUCAUCUCAACUAUAACAAAAUAAUAAUAUAAUUUGUAGUAAGUUUGCAUGAUUUUUUUUCUACUCACAAAAGUGGGACUACUGCAUGCCAACAUUUGCCAAGGCUUGUUGUAAAUGCUUUUUUGUAAUAUUCCUGUAUAUUCUUGUGUAUAUAAUUUUGGAUAUACUUUGUAAUGUUAAUCUGAGGAUGUUUUAAAUCAAGCCUGGUGUAAUUUAUAACACCUGUGGUCAUUUCUUACUGUUGUAAUGAAUUAGAUUUAAAUCAAGAACAUUUUCCAUUGUAUUGUUUACUGAUAAUAAAAAUUAAUCUCGAAA